CGAGUGUUUCUGAGCAUGGGCAGAGUGCCUCGUCCACACGAAGGGGCGACUAACCCAGGCAGUGGGGAAUAAGUGGGUCUACGGCUAAUCCUGGCCGUUGGCCCGUCUGGUUUGGGGCUGCUGGGACCCACAGUCCAGCAACGUCUUGAGGUCCACAGAAUCCACCCCCCCCCGGUGCUUCCACUGGUUCAACUCGGCCGAUGGGAUUCCGCCUCAAGCUGUCCAGUUCAGGGUGCGCCUUUAAAGUGGAUUUCCUAAACUCUGCGCUGAAGAAACUGCAGGUGGGAUAGAAACCUAUUGAGAGACAAUGUCCAUUCCAUUCUCCAACACCACUCAACGCAUUCCUCCAGGAUUUGCAAAUCUGCUCGAAGGGCUUGCCAGGGAAGUCUUGAGGAGCCAGCCUGUGGAUAUACCAAGCUUUGCAGCCAAGUAUUUUGAAACUCUUCUCAUUGAAAGAGAAAAAAGUGGUUAUGAUCCAUGUGAAUGGGGAGCAAAAAUAGACGACCGAUACUACAAUAACCAUGCCUUCAAUGAACUUGCACCACCAGGAGGUGGUGAUAAAGCAGAGGAGAAGAAGGAAGGAUCUGAGGCACAGCCAGAGGGAGGAGUGGAGAAACCACCAGCAGCUAUGAGUAUUGUGAGCCUAACUGAAGAAGAGGCUGCUACAAAAAUUCAAGCCACAUACAGGGGAUACAGAUCAAGGAGGAACACAAAAUCCACAAAAGAAGAAUUGGAAGAAGUGAGGGAGGAGGAGAAGGCACCGGGAAAGGAGGAAAAGCCAAGUGAACCUGAAAAUAAAGAGCCACAGUAAUGCCACACAGCACCCUGCCAGCAGUCAAGUUUAGAAGUGGCGUAAGGCAAAGCCCCUGGGUCUGCUUUAGGAGCAUGUGUCACGUUUAUGAAAUAAACAAUAACCUUCAAAAAUGCACCUUGUCAUUCUUGGUGCUCAUUAGCAGAACAGCACCCUGAAUCUGUUUUAAGGCACAAAUAGUGAGUCUCCUACUACUUCAUCCUUUUGGCUACAUUGAGGAGCAAAAGAAGGUAUAUGAUCUUAUGGCUCCGUUAAUAUUUCAUUUGCUAAGUUGUUGUGGUUCUCUGGAUGUAAAGUGCAAAGCACCUUCAUGAACGUUGUAGCCUGUACAUUCAGGCCUUGCUCUUCUUGUUUCCUUUUGUGGUUAUGCCAGUCUUGGUGCCUCUGGUGGCUGGGCGGGGAAUCUUUAGUUUGGGUUGGAGAUUUUUAUAUAUAUAGUAAGCCCACAACUUGCAUGGGGGUUACAUUCCAGGGAUUGUGCCUAAAGCCAAAAUUGUGUAUAGUCAAAACCCUUGGGGUUCAAUGGCAGGCAAGAUUGCCAAAGUCAUUUCCCCCAUAAUUCUGCCCCCUUUGCACCUCCUUUUAAUUUUUUAAAUUUUUUUUGCCAUGCUCCUAAAGCGGAAUGCACACAAGUUAAAUGUAUUUAAACAUGUUUGCCAGUUUUGACCCAUGUCUAAUUUUUCUUUGAAUCUGAACCAUGAACAACACAGACCAAAAAAUGUCAUGGAUUUUGGUAAGUACUUUAACUUCACAUCCAAUGGUAUCGAUGCUGAGUUUCAGUUUUAACACCAAUACUGAUUUUCAAUUUAACAUGGUUCCUUCCAUCCCUAGAACCAGGCGGUGGUUAAAGUUUUAAGUAUACACUCUUUUCUUAUAACUUGAAUCCAUUGGUUUGGGUCCUGGUCUCUGAAGAAGGAGAAAAAAAGCUUUCUCCAUCCUACAUGUGGCAGCCUUUUAGAUAUUUGAAAAUGGCUAUCGUUUCUCCUCUCAGUCUCAUCUUUUCCAGGCUAAAUAUAUCCAACUCCUUCAUAAGGCCUUGCUUCUUAUAAGGCCUGGUUUCCCAGACCCUUUUAUCAUCUUGGUUGCCCUUCUCUGAACACAUUGCAGCUUGUCGAUUUUCUUCUUAAGUUCUGAUCUAUACAAACUAACAUCAGGGGCAGUUUUGAAGAGGAAUCAGGAUUACUUGCAUCUCUUGAACCCUGCUUCCUUGACAACUCAGUUUAAGGAGGUCCCACUGCCUACAGUGGAGCUUAUUUGUUAGUAAAUGCAGUCCUUUUUCCCCCUGGGAGUGUGCAGGGGGUACACCUAAACAUUUUGUGAAUCUUUGUACUUUUGUCCAAAUAGUGAUUUUCUUGAGUCAAAAUUAGAGUACCCCUAAACAUUUUUUUAAGAAAAAAAGCACUGAGUAAAUGUGUGUUUAAGACUGUAGCUUCAGCCUGAUUCACAAGGCCAGUACAUAUGUGAGGAAAUAUUUCUGAAAGGUGAGAUACAAAUUUAUUAACUAAAUAAAAAAAUGUAUAUAUUGA